CAGAGGAAGACGGUUAUCAUCACCACGAACGUACCCACCCCCCUCCACCGCCACCUCGAGCUCGCUACACAAAGGCUCCAUUGUCACCUUUCCACGCUUGUCCGGCCGCUGUACAGACUUGCCGCUCUCUCGAAGGCGCGUCAGAAUGAGCGCAACGAGUGCGACGGACGUCAAAGUCGACGACAGCGUCUUCUUCCACAAUGGCGACAAACAAAAGAUCGUCUGCAAGUCCUGGAGAGCCGAAUCGGAACCAAGGGCACUGGUGUUCCUGUCUCACGGUUACGCCGAGCACUGCCACGAGCCCAGUUACGACACCCUGGCCAGGGCGCUGGUCGGGAUCGGCUGCUACGUGUUCUCGCAUGAUCACGUUGGUCACGGCAUGAGCGAGGGGCGUCGUGCGAUGGUCAAGUCUGCCGACGUGUACGUGGACGACAUCCUCAAGCACGUGGACACUGAGAGGGCGAAGUUCGCCAACAAGCCUGUCUACCUCGUCGGUCAUUCCAUGGGUGGUUUGCUGGUGCUCAUAGCAGCUCAAAGAAGGCCCCAUGAUUUCGCCGGCCUGGUUCUGGUGGCCCCUCUACUCGGAGUAGACAAGGAUCUGGACACAUGGUUCAGUAGGGCCCUGGCCCGCGUGGUCGGUUUCGUCCUGCCGGGAGUACCCGUGGGCACCCUCGACGAGAAUCUGCUGUCCAGGGACCCCGAGGCCCUCCGUCGUUUCAAGGACGAUCCAGCUCCGCUAUCACGACAGCGUCUGUGCCGGAUGGGUGGCGGCCAUCAUCCCUGCUCUCGACACGGCAGUGGAACAAGCGGACCAGGUGGAGUUGCCUUUUCUCAUUCAGCAUGGCACCGCCGAACCUAUCCUGAAGCGUACCACGAUCUUUUAUGUGAAAUCGAAGACGUCCGCAAGCAGGUACUCAAGGACAUCGUUGACUGGAUCGCGACCAGGGUCUCUCCAAAGCCGGCACCACCUCCACCAACGCCACCAACACCGUUCUCACCGCAGACGACAGCGGCUCGUUUCGCAACAGAGACGGGCACAAGAUCUCUUGCGUCACCUGGAGUCCCGAAGUUGAGCCCAGGGCGCUGGUUUUUUGUGGCCCACGGCUACGCCGAGCACUGCCACAGCCCCUGCUACGACGUGCUGGCGAGGAAGCUGGUUGGCCAGGGAUGCUACGUCUUCUCACACGACCACGUUGGCCACGGCAAAAGCGAAGGCCCCCGAGCCCUGGUCAAGUCUGCCGACACCUACGUGGACGACAUCUUGACGCACGUCGACCUGGUCAAGCAGAAGUAUCCGAGCAGACCAGUCUUUCUUUUCGGACAUUCCAUGGGGGGCUUGCUAGUUGCCCUGGCCGCCGAAAGGAGACCCCAGGAUAUCGCUGGCAUCGUAAUGAUGGCGCCCAUGUUAGCCGUCGAUAAGGAACAGGCCACUUGGCUCAAGAUGACCCUGGCUCGCAUCCUGGGUCGGAUCGUACCCACGCUUCCCAUCGGCAACUUGGAUUUGUCGCUGGUGUCCAAGGACCCCGAGACCGUGGACCAGAUGACCAAGGAUCCGCUGCGGUACCACGGCCACGUACGCGUCGGAUGGGCCGCGGCCAUGCUCAAUGCGCUAGAGGACCUCCAGGCUAAGGUCGACUCGAUCGACACGCCUUUCUUGAUUCAGCACGGCUCCGCCGACAAGCUCUGCGACAUCGGAGGAUCCGAAGAUUUCUACAAGAAGGCGCCCACGAAGGACAAGAGCUUCAAGGUCUACAAGGACUGCUACCACAGCCUACUCACAGAACCCGAUGAAAUGGCCCAACAAGUCCUUCAGGAUAUCGCCAACUGGUACACAGCAAGGAUGCCAUCGUGAUCAGAAGUGCAAUAAUUUCCGAUAUCUACGGGCGAUAGAUGGCGAGAUGUGCAUAUAGAUAAUACUGUGAUGUUUAGACAACUUCAAAUAGCAGUCAUUUUCUGAGGAA